UAGCUGUACUCAGGGAAGAGAGUUUCUCUCCGUCUCCUCCUCAUCAUUAACCCCGUAGAGCUACAUGUUUAUUUUUGUAAGAAAACCAAUUACCCCCUUAUUUUUUGUUUAUUAUUGUGAAUUAUUUUGACAUUGUUAUGUGUUGCCAGACCAUGGUUAUAUUUCAUUAUGCCAGUGGAUGGUGCUCUUGCAUUGCCGUGGAACUACCAGAGAGACUCUAGCAAUAGGCUCUGUGCACGCGCAGCUCAGAAAUAAAUGAGCUCCGGCUUGAGCAAGAUGCUAACUUUGGUGUCCUCUCUAUUAAUCCACAGGUACUAACAAACAAACUUUUAUGUUACCGAACUGGUUCUAAAUGUCAUGUAAGUUGAGUAACAACUGUUCGGCUAUAUUUUGAGAUGAGAGUGAUGAUGUUGUUUUGUGGUAUUUUGUUGUAAUGAGUAUUAGUGUAUCAUCGGCAUAAUGCUAUAAUGCUACGUAGCACUAUAAGUAUAUGCUAUGACAGUGGCAACCUGCGGCUUCAGAAAAUGUGUUGUAGUGUUUGUUUUAGUGUUAGCCAAGCAGUACUGAGUACAUGUAUUAAGAGGAAAGCUUUUCGUUGGUGAAACAACGUUUGCAGUCGUCUGCCGCCAUGUUGUGUUGCGUUCAGGGGACGCCAUGUUCAAAAGUAAUAGCGUAUAUGGCGCGAAUGUGGGGAAAGGUGUGAAUGUGAGAUGGGUUAAUUUGGUAUGUUGUUAUGCUUUAGCCGCGAGUGUUUUGUUUAAGUUGUGAGUAUGUAAAGUCAUUUUGAAUUAGUUUGUAUUUAUUUGGCUUUUGAGAGAAUGCUUUUUGUAACUUUAUUUUUGUUUAUGAACUCUGUUAUUUUAUGGGAAGAAUGCAUGGUCUAGUGUGAUUUGUAUUGUGUAUAUGUGGAGAAAUAAAUGAGCUCCGGCCUGAGCAAGACGCUAACUUCGGUGUCCUCUCUAUUAAUCAACAGUUUGCUCAUAUUUGGCUACGCAGUGCUCUCUAGCCUGUGUGCCGCUUGCUGCCGGUCCAGAUUCCCCUAGGUCUGGUGCCGGUAACAUAUGGUCGUGUUUAACUUUUGCAUGUCUGAGCCAGGGAAAAAAAAUUUUGGUUAGAAAAUCUGGCCCACCUUAGUGUGUAAUUGAGUAGUCCUGCUAUAUAUGGCCUUUUUCUUCUGUCAUUUAUGUCAAUACAUCAAAUAAAAUACUUUGAUCUUAUGUUAUUAGCUGUUGUUUAUUUGCAAAGGUCAGUUAUUCUUAACAGGGAUGCUAAACAUUGCUUAUUAGAACUGUAUGCAGAGUUUUGAGAAAAGUGUUUUAAUAAAUAUUGUUUAUAUAUUUUUCAUUUAUAUUUUUUAUUGUCUGAAAACUAUGAGGGUUUAAGUGUUAACAGUUAUUUAGGAUUAUUAGGAUCAACUUAAAGUCAAAUGCAAUUCAUGAAUGGCUGUAAUGGAAUUUCUGACAUGAGUCUAAUAUGCUUACCUCUAUCAGAUUUGAAGAAUACCAGAUGAAAAAGAGGAUCACAAAUGAACCUCAACAGCCUUCCAUAUCACAGUUUAUGGACACUUGUGCCGGACAGUACAGCAUGACUCAUCCACAGCAGAAAGCUAUCACGAAUGCAUUAUUAAGUGACUUGAUUAUUGGUUGCAACCUGCCCCUUUCUAUUGUGGAAAACAAGAAUUUUCGGCACUUUCUGACGGUAGUUGACAGAAAAUACAGCCCGGUAUGUCGCAGAACAAUUAUAUCAAAAACAGAGAACCUCACUGCUGAGAAACGUUCAAUGUUAAAAACUCAGUUGAGCGAGACUGAUCAUGUUUCAGUCACUGUGGACAUUUGGUCAGACCGAAGGAUGAGGGGUUUCCUUGGUAUCACUGUGCACUGGAUACAGAAAGAGACAGAGAGGAUGCAGCUAAAAUCCAAACUGCUGGCCUUUGACCGCUUCAAAGGAUUACACACUAGUGAAAGAAUCUGUGAGAAAUUUGAAGCUAUAUGUGACGAAUACAACAUCAAAGAUAAACUAGACUAUAUUAUUAGUGACAAUGCUGCCAAUAUGCGGAAAGCAUUCACUGUGUGCUUCCCCACUGAGCAAGGUGAGGAACAUGAUGAUGAUGGUGAUCAUCUUGACGACCCAGAGCUCUGGCAUGACUUAACCUUGGAAGAUCAGGAAACAGUAGGUGCUGCUAUGGCAAAGACACAGCGCCUGCAGUGUUUUGCGCACACACUUCAGCUGGUGGUGGAAGAUGGGUUUGUCAGAGACCAAAGUGGCAUCUCCUUCGCUUUCAAAAUUAUCUAAGCUCAGCUCUCUACUGCACACAAGCACAACAUUCAAACAUGUGUUUGAAGCUGAAUUUGGUGAACAGAAAGCGAUCCCUGCUGCUGUAAUCACAAGAUGGAAUUCAACACUGAGACAAGUGAAGGCAGUUCUCCAAUGUGAACAUCUAAAACUCUGUGCUCUUCUUGAAAUGGCUGGGCACAAGAAGUUAUUAUUCACAACACGAGAGUGGAACCUGUUGAAGGAGAUGGUGGACAUAUUGAAGCCUUUUGGAGAAGCAACAGAUUUGACACAAGGUGAGAAAAUAGUCACGAUUAGUGCUGUUGUUCCAUCUGUGCUGUCCCUCAAUCACCACCUUGAGAAACUGAAGCCUCAAGUCCGUUUCCUGAAUGGUCUGGUCAGGAGCCUCCAAGCAUCUUUGAACAAAAGAUUUCUUGGAAUCUUUAUCAGUGUGCGAAUGGCUAGAGCAGAAGAUGGGAUCACUGCCCCCUUUUCAGAUCCAGUGUACCUUAAAGCAGCUGCUUUGGAUCCAGCAUUUUCCCUGUUGUGGGUGGAACACCAUGUUUUGGGCAGUUGUGACAUAAAGGCAGAGGUGACACAAAAAGUUAAAGAUCUGAUCCUGCAAGAUGCAGCAGAUCCUGCAAAGUCAGAGCAACCUGUGACUCCUGGUGAGGAACACCAAGAGGCCUGUGAAGAUGGAGGACUCUUUGCUGCUUACUGUAAGAGGCAGAAGAAGGAUGUGGGGAAGAGUCCAGCUGUACAAAAGGCCCCGUAGUUGUGAGUUUUAUUCUGUUCAGUUGUUCACCUGUAGUUUCUUAGAGUGGCCAGUAGAGGUCACCCCACCGCUUUGUAUGAGAGAGGAUUCGGGCAGGGAGAUACGUGGGUGAGAUAUAUGAGCAUUUCCGCUCCCGAUUACCGGCGGAGAAGUGGUCAUUUUGUGAGAAGUGUGCGUUACUGAGCAACGUAAGUCUGUGAUGUGUGAGGAUGUGGGGAUAAGAUGCAUUUGUGACUGUAAUCGAAGUUGGAGGGGAAAUGACUAUGCUUCUGUCUAUGUCGCUAGCGAGUGCUAAGCGAAGCUAAGCUAAGCUAGGCUAGCUCUCCUGCUGUGUGAUUGGGGAUAACUGUG